AUUAACAAUCAUAAUAAUUUCACACUCAUUUUGGUAUGUUUUUCGGCGAGAUCUCGUGAAACACACUAUUUUUCAUUAUCAAAUACAUCAAACCAUAAUAACAUUUAAGUCAAUCUCUCCACGCGAUUUUCUUCCAACGUUUGGACUAUGAAUUGUUAGUUCUUUGUUUUUUUUUACCGAGUUCGGCUGAUGCUCAAACACUGCCCGAAAAGUAUAAAAGAGAAGACGAAUAACCUAGUGGACUAACAUCGCCGGCAAUCGCCAUGAUAACGACUGAGGUUUCAAAAACUGCUAUCAGCGCCGCGGCCGCCGGCAUAGCCGGACUUUGCUUCGUCGGCUACUGCAUUUACUUCGACCGGAAACGCCGCAGCGACCCGAACUUCAAGUCCAACUUGCGCAAGAAGAGACUGAUGGCCCGCGAACAAGAACAGGCGGCCCGCGCGGCCAAGUCGGCGUUCCCGGACUUCACGGACCAACAGGCCGUGCAGCGGUUCUUCUUGCAGGAAGUCCAGAUGGGCGAGUCGUACUUGGAGCAAGGGGACGUCGAGCGUGGCGUGGAACACUUGGCCAACGCCGUGGUCGUCUGCGGGCAGCCCACCGAACUGUUGAACGUGCUGCAGAGAACGUUGCCCGAGCGCGUCUUCCAGUUGCUCGUCAAGAGGCUGCCGGAGUUGGGCAAAAAUCUCAUGAGGAGGCCACAACAGGGACCGGUCAUCAGGGAGCUGGAGGUUUCCGACGUGGAAUGAUCAGAGAGCAAAACGACAGCACUGCCUUAUAAUAAUUGUUUUGUUUGUUUUUUUUUUUUUUGUAAAAAAGAAAAUAAUCUUA